AUGCACGCACUCCUCAACGAACCGCUAUAUGAGUAUUUCGAUAUAUUUAUUCUCCAAGACAUUUGGUGGGGCCGUAUUGGCUCCCAAAAAGACACUAAUCCCAACAAACAGAAUAUUUAUGGCACUGUCGCCUCCACUAACUUCCUAUGUAUUAUCCCCCCAGGCUUCAACACGGUUGAGGGGCCAGGGGUAGCCAUAUAUAUACGCAACAAUCGCAACAUCCAUCCUCAAUUCUCUAACAUCUCACCCAUUCAUAAAGAUAUUCUUGCAGUGGACCUCAAACUACACGACUCACCCCUAACCAUCAUCAACUGCUACCCCCACGGCAAGAGCCUCAAAGACACCGUCGACGCCAUCACCAACAUCAACAUCCCCAUGGAUAGACCAUGCAUAAUGGUUGGGGACUUCAACCUACAUCAUCCCGAGUGGGCCCUCACAGGCUCCAAGUGGGAGCAACACCGACCCAACGCACAAGAAAGGAUGUUUAAGGCAUACGCUGAGUACCAGGACCUCCACGUCCUUAAUCACCUCUCUCUCCCCACACAUAUCGUCCCAAGAUCACCCGCCUCCAACGCCAUAAUAGAUCUUACACUCCUUAACAGCCGAGCAGUGGACGCGUGGCCAAACCUCAAUUGGGAGGUAGAAGCCCAGUCCUCUGGCAAGUCACUAGGGUCUGACCAUAUGGCCAUCACAUGGACCAUAGGCCCUCACGAUCAAGCCGAGUCUGUUGGGGUCACGGAACCGUCCCCCAGACACCUUAUAGAUACCAGCCGCCAAAAGAAGUGGACCCAAGAAUACAUGCGGCAAGUCCAGAAGAACCCCCCUCCCACAGAUCCCUCGGUAGCCGAAGACGCAGAUAGGAUGACCUCCAUAAUCCUAGACGCCAUGUCAAAUGCUACCCGCUUAGUCAUGCCAUCACCCCCGUGUCAAAAGAGGGCCGGUCCAGUUAGAUCCCCAUGGUGGACAGACGAGUGUUCUGAGGCGGUUCACAACCUCAAACACAACCCUGACCAAAAACCAAAGGAACAGCUGAGAGCGGCCUUACGAGGUGCCAUCAGAAGGGCCAGAAAAAGCCGAGGGGACAAGAUCUUGGCAGAGAUCUCUACCCAACGCGUUUUUGACGUCCUAAAAUGGUACCAGGGUAAGCGGCGUUCCAUCAUCCCCCCUAUCCGCCAUCCAUCUCUAGACAUCACAGCCACACAUCCACACGACAAAGCUAAACACCUAGGCCUGCAAUUCUUCCCACGAGUCAACUCCCCCCACGUGACGCUAGAACCACUCGGCCUCAAGAGCACCCCACGAAGGCCACACCAACCCAUUACCUCAGCAGAAGUCAGAUCCGCGCUUGAACUCACAUCCAACCGUUCUGCCCCAGGCGCCUUUGGAUCCAACUAUCGACUGCUCAAAUGGGCCUUCAACGCCUCCCCAGAUAUCUUUGUCAACCUGUUCAACCUAUGUCUAGAGAUUGGAUACCACCCCACCGCCCUCCGUAACUGCAUCAUUGCCCCCAUCCCCAAACCCAACCGUGCCGACAUGUCCACCCCCAAGAAUUACCGCCCCAUUGCGCUACUGGAGACACUUUCCAAACUCCUCGAAAAAGUUGUCACGGCGAGGCUCCUACAUGAGGCCGGGGAACACAACCUAAUCCCCCAAGCGCAAUUUGGGGGAAAGGACAUCACGUCAUGCACAGAUGCAGGGCUAUGCAUGGUACACGACAUCCGCACAGCAUGGAAGAACAACAAGGCAACCUCCCUAUUAACUCUAGAUGUGUCAGGUUACUUCAACAACGUCGACCACUCCCGCCUGAUCUACACUCUAGACCGCCUUGGGUACUCGACCAACAUUUGCAAUUGGCUGAAAUCUUACUUAAGCAACCGCACAGCACAAUUCCGCAUUGAUGGCGUCCUCUGCCCACACUUCCAACUGCCCAAUGUUGGCAUCCCACAGGGCUCUCCUCUAUCCCCCGUCCUCUCUUCGCUAUACUCCAUCCCCCUCCUCCUUGCUUCUACAGAUCCUCAAGCACACUCCUUCGCCUAUAUCGACGAUUUCACCAUCCUCGCUUACAGCCACUCCCAUCAAGAAAAUAUCAACAUCAUCUCUGAAGUUACCAAGAACAUCAACCAAGUUGCCAUCAAACUAGGCCUAGAAUUUGAACUCCCUAAGUCUGAUCUUAUCCAUUUCAUUUGCUCUCCUAAAACCCCUCACUCCAACCCAUCACUAACCUUUUCCCACUCCGGUACAGAUACUACCAUCAGUCCAAAAGAUGUAGUCAGAUGGCUGGGGUUCUUUCUGGACAGAAGGCUCAACUUCAAGGAACACAUCCAGACCAUGGCCAUCAAAGCCAAGGCCACGCUGGCCGGUCUACGGAUGCUAGCCAACUCCCAGAACGGACUCUCAGUACGUCACGCACGCAUCUUGUUUAAGGCUAGUGUCACCCCAAUCUUGACCUAUGGGCUCCCUCUGUGGUUUCAUGGGCGCAGGCAGUUGUCGUUGCUCGAGCCACUUAGGAAAGUCCAGAAUCAAGGCUUGAGGUGGAUACUUGGUGCCUUCCAAACCACUCCCUCCAGAUGCAUGGAACACCUCGCUUCCAUACCCCCCCUUCAUAUCGCAUGCCUCAGAAUUAUCGAAAACCUUGCUAGGAAACUUAAGUCCAUACCCGCACUUGCCGAAGUCGCGCGCAGACUACCGCCAGAAUGGGACUCCUCCACGGAGCGCCAACACAAUCCCAAGUCCCCCAUCACUUUCGCGGCUUCACUCUCGCACCCGGACAUAGAAUUCAUCACACCGUACCUCGUUCACCCAUCCAAACCCCCAGUACCUUGGCCAGGGCAGCUCGAAAUCGAACAUAAAUCACCCGCCCCAUCGAAGAAAGCUGCCGCCAAGAUCAUCCAGAACGAAAUAGACGAAGCCGAAAGCAACCACCUGGGAAACACCGUCCAUGGAUUCUCAGACGGGCAUGCCGGAACCCUCAAUGGCAUCCCCAAGGUCGGCCUCGGAUACAUCGUCAAAUACGGGCGACAAACCCUAGCAAGGAAUUCACAUAGCAUCGGCCCUAGAGCCAACAUAUACGACGCUGAAAUGUUAGGGAUCGCCAUGUGCCUUAACAGUGCAGCCCGUAUAGCCGAGCAAGUUCAGGCAAAGCGAAUCAUCAUAUACUGCGAUAAUCAAGCGGCCGUCAAAGCCAUAUCAUCACUACACAGACACCCCGCCCAAUACGCAUCGAGAAUUUUCCAUCAACACGCCCAACAGUUCCUGGGAAAAGACCCGUCCCGCCACAUCACGAUCAAGUGGCUACCAGGACACUCCAAAAUAGAUGGAAAUGAACUCGCAGAUGAAGCAGCGAAGGGGAGCGAGAUGCUCCAACCCACCCCCGUUUUCAACAGAACUAUAACAUGGGCAAGAACUAGAGCCACGAAAAGAGCCACGGCGAAUUGGGGCAAAAUCUGGAACGAACACACCACAGCUCGUCCAGACUCGGGCACCUACAUACCGCGACCACCCGCCCUUAAACUACACCCCAUAUUCAACCGGCCUACAUACCCCCGAAACGUACAAUGCCGACUAGUCCAAUUCCUCACCGGACACGGCUUCUACGGGGCGUAUAGCGCUCGUUUCCACUCCCACAUCGACCCGCAAUGCCCAUGCGGCGAACCAUCACAAACGCCCGAGCACAUGCUCAUGUUCUGUCCCGAGACGGAAAAAUACAGGCACAUCAUUACUGACGUAUCGCCUGAACACUCCUGGGAGGAGAUUUUCGGAACACUGCCGGGACUGGAGGCAGUAUCUGAGUUCAUACUGAAGUCGGGAAUCGGAAAGUGUAGAGAUCCGCCGGCAGCCGCUCAACCUCUGUAG